AAAGCGCGUGUCCAAUCUUCCUUUAACAUAUUAAGAUAAGCGAGGGAGCGGUCAACCUUAUCAGUGUGCAACUUUUCCUACUUUAUCAAGCCGCGUUCUCUUGUUGGUCUCUGCCGUCUGGACCAGCGAGUAAAGAUGUUGACUUUUUAUCUGGGCAUUGUGGCUUUACACCUUGUGGCCGCCGUUCCCAUCACUCGACCUUUAGCAUACAUCAAGGUCCCUGAUGGGUCGGGGAACACGAGACCUUUCCUGGGCACUGCAGACAGAAUAGCGUAUGACUCCGACCAGAACUACCUCUAUGUCAUAGGCGGCCGCAGUGAGACUCUCCACAUUGUCGAUAUGCAGGACCCUAGCAACCCAACCAUUGCCUACUCUCAAACCUUCAGUGAGAUCACAGACGGAAUUCCCAAGGCAAUCUCUCUGUGUCGGAGUGGCCAAACCGAGCAGGUCGCCAUCGCCUUCGCUGCACGGUCCAGGUUAAACGAAGGACACGUAGAAGUUUUUAGAACGUUUCUCAGGUUCGAUCAGACGUUCCCUCUGCUUGGAAGAGUUUCUACCGAGUCUGACCCUGUCGCCAUCCAGUAUGACGGAACGUGUGCAAGAUUUGUUGUCGCCUGUGAAGGACUUCCUGGGACCAGAAACAACAAUUUUGAGGAUCCUCUCGCUCAUGUUGACAUUUUUGAGAGGAAUGUUGAUGCAUGGACAAAAUAUACAAUUAAUUUCCAGUCAGCCCGUGGGCUUGGAAAUGCCCGGUAUGUCUUCCGUGACCCCAACAAUGCACAGCACUCUGUUGUCAAUGACCUGGAGCCGAGUGACGUCACCAUUGACGACAACAACAUCGUCUACGUCACUCUCAUGGAAAAUAACGCGCUGGCAGUAUUCAAUCUGAACAACCUAGUAGGCGGGGUGGACAUAUACAGCCUCGGGUCGAAGGACUGGAACAACUUUGACAUCGACACCAGUGAUCAGGACCAGAGUAUCAGCCCGGACAGGAUUAAUAUGGUGAGACGCAACAUUCGUAGCUUCUAUCAACCUGGCGCCAUCAUCUCAUUGAACUUCGGCGGCAACGUGUUUCUAGCGACAGCGAACACUGGUGCCGUCAAGCGCUACACCACCGCCGUUGAGGGGGUUGACUUUACAGAGGCCAACAGAGCCAGUACCUUUGACUCUACCCUCCUAGACCCGAAUAUGGAUUCUGGCCUCGUAGAUGACUUAAGCUCUAAUGCUGCACUCGGUCGCCUCUAUGUGAGCAAUCUGCAGUAUGAUACCGAUGGGUGGAAUCCUAUCUUUGGAUAUUUCGAGAAUAUCUUCGCAUAUGGCGGUCGUAGCUGGUCGCUGUGGGACGCCAGUAGUGCGACACAGCAGUGGGACAGCGGGAGCGACUUGGAGUACGAAGUGCGGGAAUACAAUGGCUCUGUUUUUAACGGUGAUUGCACCUCCAUCAACCAAUCGCCUCCACAGUCACUCGACACCCGUUCAGAUGAUAAGGGUCCAGAGCCAAAGGCUAUUGCCACAACGCUGUUUGGCAGUGAUCAGAUUGUGGCUGUAGGGAGCGGACGUAUGGGUGCGAUAUACUUAUACAGACUUGGCGAAUCUGAGGCUCCAGGCUUUCCUCAGGGGGAAUUCCAGAGCUACAACCGACUCGGGGACUAUAACGGCAACUGGGGUCAACUUUACGACUCCAACGAAGCUGGGACACCCUUCAUAAACGACCUGAAGUUUGUGAAUCAGGCAGGCCAGACGCUCUUGUUGGCAGUGGGGUCACAGAUGGGUGUGAUCGCAGUACAUGAGCUGUAUGAGGGCACAUUUCCCUAGAUGUCUCCCCGGUUCCCCGCAGUCUUCUCACCAAUUUAUCACUGCACAGUAUCACAAAAUCUAUAAUGUGCGCUUCAUUAGAACACGGGACAUGCAUGGGGUGUAUUAAAAUGGUUAAACGUA